GAGCGACCACAGCAUUUUUAACGGCAGCGAAAAAAGGAAUGUGAGAGAGAGAGAGGAUGCCGGGUCUGUUGGUGCUGGGAGAGAGGGGAGUGGGGGAGGGGGUGGGGAGACAGUCUGGCUGUCCCCUCACUCUCCUACACAGUGGCAGUGUGUUCAGAGGACACCAGCAGAGCAAGGGGAGCAAGUAUCAGGUCGAGGUGGUGUUCCAGCAUGUGGACUAUGAGAAUUCCUGUGUGUUUGGUUACCUCAAGAUACAAGGACUCACUGAGGACUAUCCAAACCUGACCACAUUCUUUGAGGGUGACGUAUCAGCAGUCGCGUACCCGUUUGCCUCACUCUGUCAAGUGGGACGCCUCGGAGGAGGUGGACAGGAAACACUGGGGGAAGUGUUCUCCGUUCAGACCGUUCAUGAAGACCUUCAACACAGACGACUUCUCCUAUGACCAGAUACAGGGAGCCGACUCUGUCUUCAUGAGGUGGAAAGU